CUUUGUUUAUGUUGUUUUAAACUUUUUAAUGGUACUUAAAUUUUUUUUCCUUUUUUAUGUUGAUAUAAUAAUUAUACACUUACCUGCCUUAUAAGGUGACCUCUUUUUUUGAGGGAAAUGGGUAUCUCUUUAUAACUCUAUUUUUGGAGCAACAGCCGAAGAAAUUGCCCCCUAGUUCCUUACAGUCUCUUCCCUUUUUUACACCAAAGAUUUGUUUCUCUUUCCUUUUUUUUAAUGAUGUGUUUUUAGAUUAGGGGUAUGAUUUUGUUGGGGUCUCUCAAAAUAAGAACUUGGGUAAAAAAGUUGAUUUUUAUGGACAAAGGAGUGAUUUUCCUUUUAAACAACAAAACAAAACAAAACAAAACAAAACAGAACAGAACUUUUUUUUUUUGUUUUGUUUUUUGUGAUUAAUACAUUGCCUCACAUGCGCGCACACACACACACACUCUGAAUCUCUGCUUGGUUGCUAAGAAAGGUGGAGAAAAGCAAAAAGGAAAAUCCUUUUGCAGUCAUUUUAUCCAAAGCCAAGCUGUUAAAACUCUUUGACUUUUCUUCCUUUGGGUUGAUUGAAGUGAGAAGUAACUGUUGGAAUGGAAGGUGAUAUAUGUUCGAGUUUUGGUAAUGGAGGUCAAGUGGAUGGCAAGGUUUUGCAAACAUUUCAAAAGAGUUUUGUUCAAGUUCAAGACAUCCUAGACCAAAACAGGCUGCUAAUCAACGAGAUUAACCAAAACCAUGAGUCAAAGAUCCCAGAUAACUUGAGCCGGAAUGUGGGGUUAAUUAAAGAGCUGAAUAACAAUAUUAGAAGAGUAGCUGAUCUCUAUGCUGACCUCUCCAGCUCUUUCACCAGGUCGAUGGAAGCUUCGUCCGAAGGCGAUUCGGCCGGGAUGUACGAACCUGAUGGAAAAGCUAGUCAGAAGAGAAUUAGAUCUGGGUAAAAAUUUGAUCAAACUGAAACUUUUGGCAUAAAGUAUGUACCCUUUCACUGUGGAAUAAAGGGAGGGGGUAUUUUGAUAUUUUAGUCAAGCCAAAAAAAAGAGAUAGUAUUCUGUUUUUACUCUUUCAAUGCGAGUAUGAAAUGUGUUUUGAGAGCUUGAAGCUUCAUCAUAAUAAUGUAUCACUAUGCUGCCUUGUGGAAAUCAAGCAUUAUCUUUGUUUACCAUCUUUAA